AUGUCUGGAGAAGAGGAAGAGAAUGCGGCCGAGCUCAAAAUCGGAGAUGAGUUUCUGAAGGCGAAGUGCUUAAUGAAUUGUGAAGUUGCUUUAAUUCUUGAGCAUAAGUAUGAGCAACUUCAACAGAUGUCUGAUGAUCCCAUGAAUCAAGUAUCCCAAGUAUUUGAGAAAUCACUGCAGUAUGUGAAGCGCUUUAGCCGCUACAAAAACCCUGAUGCUGUCAGACAAGUUCGAGAAAUUCUUAGCCGAUACCAAUUGGCUGAAUUUGAGCUUUGCGUUCUUGGCAACCUUUGCCCUGAAACAGUUGAGGAAGCUAUUGCCAUGGUACCUUCUAUCAAGACCAAAGGCCGGGCUCACGAUGAUGAAGCAAUCGAUAAAAUGCUAAAUGACCUGUCAUUGAUCAAGAAAUUCGAAUAG